GAUUGACGGAUACGAUUAUCCCUGUCCUGAGCGCAAAACCCCUGGUAUCCAAACAAACUGAACUGCAGAAAUUCUACUAGGGUUUCAAACUUCUCCGUUACCGAUCAAUCCAACGAUGGAAGAUCACCGUUGCAAGUUCUGGCUUCCGAAAAAGAAUCGGUUCUGUUCGAAUUCGCAACUCAGUGAUUCAGGCUUCUGCGGCAAUCACAUGCCAAGGUGCAAUGGAGACUGGUCCCCUUGCCCUAUCGAUCCUUCUCAUUCUGUUCUUAAAGAAAAUCUUGAAGCACAUUUAAAAGUAUGUCCUCUAUUGAAACAAAAGCAAUCACUGUCCCUUCAACCGUUCUUUCAGAAAGGGAUUAAUGCGGUCGACAAGGUCGGAGACGAUCAUGAUGUUAUCACCUCUGAAAUGAAGAGGAGUGCUGUUUAUAGCCUGACGGUAACUGACUUUAAUAAAUUGAUUGAGAAGAUCGCGUCUCUUCAUGAUUCGUUGUGUAAUAAUAUUGUGGAUUCUACAAAGUUCCCUGAAGCUUGUAAUAUGUGGAUUAAGAGAGAAAUCGAUAGUAAAUUACCGUUUCAAGAGAAACAUGUCAAGCAACAAGCGUCGAUUAUUGGAAACUUGGAGGAUUUUGGGGUGUUGAAUGGUUCUUGUAGAAAUGAAGAAUCUGAUGGUGACAUUCUCGAUCCUGUCCCUGCGGUUGUUGAAUUUGGAGCAGGGAGAGGGUACCUGACACAGAUGCUUGCAGAUUGUUAUGGGAUUAAAAGGGUUUAUCUAGUUGAGAGAAAAUCAUACAAAUUUAAGGCUGAUCGAUCCUUGCGACAAAAAGAGAACUUGAUAUUAGAGCGUUUGAGAAUCGAUAUUGAGGAUUUGAACUUGAAUGGCGUCGAGUCCUUGCAAGGAGUUCCUUAUCUAGCUAUUGGAAAACACCUCUGCGGUCCUGCUACUGAUUUGACUUUGAGAUGUUGUCUGCCGAAGCAAUCUAGUGAAUAUAAGGUGGACCAGUUUAGUGGCAAUGCUUCGUUGAAGGGCCUUGCUAUAGCAACAUGUUGCCAUCAUCUGUGCCAGUGGAAGCAUUAUAUAAAUAAAAAAUUCAUAACUGAAUUAGGGAUCACAAAGGAAGAAUUUCAUGCAAUUACUUGGUUCACCAGCUGGGCAGUGGACGCCGACCAUGGUUCUGAUCUCUCUACAGAUGGCAUAUUGCAUCUGCAAUCGAUGGAGGGAGAGCAAUGCGAUCAAAAUGCAAAUGGAGUUGAAGGCAUAGUAAAAAAUAUGAAAGCAGUUGAAAGGGCCAUCUUGGGGUUCAUGUGUAAGCAGAUAAUUGACAUGGGAAGAAUGAUGUGGGUUAAAGAGUGUGGAUUAGACGCAGCGCUAGUGAAAUAUGUCCCAGCAGUAAUCUCUCCUGAAAACCAUUUAUUGAUCGCCAAGCGCCCGUGAGUUAAUAAUGUUUCUAUCCUCUGUCCUAUGUGUUUAACAUUUCUGAUAAUUCAUGUUGAUUUACUAACAACUCAUAUUCUAAAGAAUGGGUUAAUGGUAAUCAAUUUUGUUUUUUCAAUGAUAAGAUAUCAAUUGGUGA